AUGGCGCUGGCGGGGCCUGUGACCUGGGGCUCCAGACCAGGCCUCCUGUUGCUGCUGCUGCUGCUGCUGCUACUACUGCUGCCCUGGUCUCCAGCCCUCACCCUCCUGGCUGGGCUGGUUCCUUCGGUGACUCCAAGUGCCUGUGCCUCAGACCCAUGUGCUCUGGGGAGUAAGUGCCAGGCUACAGAAAGUGGUGGCUAUACCUGUAAGCCCACAGAGCUUGGGGGCUGUGCCACCCAGCCAUGUCACCAUGGCGCACUGUGUGUGCCCCAGGGCCCUGAUCCUAAUGGCUUCCGCUGCUACUGUGUGCCUGGCUUCCAGGGCCCUCGAUGUGAGCUGGACAUCGAUGAGUGUGCAUCCCGGCCCUGCCACCACGGGGCCACCUGCCGCAACCUGGCUGAUCAAUUCGAGUGCCACUGCACUCUGGGCUAUGAAGGUGUGACCUGCGAGGCCGAGGUUGACGAGUGCGCGUCGGCGCCUUGCCUGCACGGAGGCUCGUGCCUGGACGGCGUGGGCUCCUACCGAUGCUUGUGCGCGCCGGGCUAUGCGGGCGCCAGCUGCCAGCUGGACGUGGACGAGUGCCAGAGCCAGCCGUGCGCUCACGGGGGCGUGUGCCACGACCUGGUCAACGGGUUCCGGUGCGACUGCGGGGACACGGGCUACGAGGGUGCGCGCUGCGAGCAGGAGGUGCUGGAGUGUGCAUCCGCGCCCUGUGCGCACAACGCGUCCUGCCUCGACGGCCUCGGGAGCUUCCGCUGUCUCUGCUGGCCAGGCUUCAGUGGAGAGCUGUGCGAGGUGGAUGAGGACGAGUGUGCGGUGGACCCCUGCCAUAACAGGGGCAGGUGCCUGCAGCGCUCCGACCCAGCCUUGUAUGGGGGCGCCCAGGCCACCUUCCCUGGAGCUUUCAGCUUCAGCCACGCUGCGGGCUUCCUGUGCAGCUGCGCUCCAGGCUUUGCGGGGGACGACUGCAGUGUGGAUGUGGACGAAUGUGCCUCACAGCCAUGCCUCAACGGAGGCAGCUGCCAGGACCUGCCCAAUGGCUUCCAGUGCCACUGCCCGGAUGGCUACACAGGUCUGACAUGUCAGGAAGAAGUGGACGAAUGCUGGUCGGAGCCCUGCCUGCAUGGUGGAACCUGUGGUGACACUGUUGCAGGCUAUAUCUGCCAGUGCCCUGAGGCCUGGGGUGGCCAUGACUGUUCUGUGCAGCUCACUGGUUGCCAGGGCCACACCUGUCCACUGGCUGCCACCUGUAUCCCCACCUUCCAGUCUGGGGUUCACAGUUAUGCCUGUCACUGCCCACCUGGGACCCAUGGGCCUUUCUGUGAUCAGAACACCACUUUCUCAAUUGUGGCUGGGAACCCUGUGUGGGCAUCGGUGUCAACUGGUGGUCCCCUGGGCCUGACAAUGAGGUUCCGAACAACGGUACUCGCAGGGGUCCUGGCCACUCUCAAUGACACCCAAACCAGCUUGGAGCUGGUACUUUUGGGGGCCACGCUCCAAGCCACACUCUGGAGGCACAGUACCACCGUAUUUGUCCUCAGACUGCCAGACUUAGCCUUAAAUGACGGCCACUGGCACAAGGUGGAGGUGGUACUUCACCUAGAGACCCUGGAGCUGCGUCUCUGGCAUGAGGGCUGCCCUGGCCAGCUAUGUGUGGCCUCUGGUUCUGUGGCCACAGGUCCCACAGUCUUGGUGGCCUCUGGGCCUCCUGGGCUCUGCUCCAUCCAUCUGGGCGGCCAGGCCUUCGCAGGCUGCUUCCAGGAUGUACAUGUGGAAGGGCGCCUUCUGCUGCCUGAGGAACUCAGUGGGAAUGUGCUCCUGGGCUGUGAGCGCAGGGAGCCAUGCCAGCCUCUGCCCUGUGCCCAUGGAGGUGCCUGCGUGGACCUGUGGACUCACUUCCAUUGUGACUGCCCUCGACCUUACCACGGGCCCACAUGCACUGAUGAGUUUCCCACCGCUACCUUUGGCUUGAAUGGCACCAUGAGCUCAGCCUCCUUCUUGCUCCGGCAGCUGCCAGGCCCCAACCUCACUGUGUCCUUUUUCCUUCGCACCCGAGAGCCUGCUGGCCUGCUGUUCCAGUUUGCCAACGAUUCAGCCACUGGUCUAACCGUGUCUCUGAGUGAGGGCCAGAUCCGGGCUGAGGCAUUGGGCCAUCCUGCUGUGGUUCUCCCUGGGCGCUGGGAUGAUGGGCUCAGCCACCUGGUGAUGCUCAGCUUUAGUCCAGACCAGCUGCAGGACCUGGGGCAGCAGCUGUAUGUGGGUGGGAGGCUCCACCCUGCUGACACCCAGCCUUGGGGUGGGCCCUUCCGAGGCUGUCUCCAGGACCUACGACUCAAUGGCCUCCACCUCCCCUUCUUUUCUUGGCCGGUGGACAACUCAAGCUGGCCCAGUGAACUGGAUGCCCAUCAGUCCUUUAACCUCACUCAAGGCUGUGUUUCUGAGGACAUGUGUAAUCCUGAUCCCUGUUUCAAUGGUGGGACUUGCCAUGUCACCUGGAAUGACUUCCACUGUACCUGUCCUGACAACUUCACAGGGCCCACCUGUGCCCAGCAGCUGUGGUGUCCCAGCCUGCCUUGCCUCCCGCCUGCCACCUGUGAGGAGGUCCCAGACGGCUUUGUUUGUGUGGCCGAGACCACGUUCCGCGAGGGCCCGCCUUCCGUGUUCAGCGGCCACAACUUGUCCUCUGGGCUCCCGCUCAGCGGUCUCUCCUUGGCCUUCCGCACCCGGGACCCGGAGGCCGGGCUCCUGCGCGCCACGGCGGGCGCCCACGUGGGCAUCUGGCUGGCUGUGCACAACGGCUCGCUGGCGGUGGGCGUGGCCGGCUCCGUGCUGCCCGUGCCGGGGCCGCGCGUGGCCGACGGCGCCUGGCACCGCGUGCGCCUGGCCCGGGAGCGCCCCGAGGCCGUGGACUCGCGCUGGCUGCUGUGGCUGGACGGCGCGGUGACACCCGUGGCGCUGCGCGGCCUGGCGGGCGACCUGGGCUUCCUGAAAGGCCCGGGCGCCGCGCGAGUGAAGGUAGCUGAGAACUUCACAGGCUGCCUGGGCCGCGUGGCGCUCGGCGGCCUCCCGUUGCCCUUGGCGCGGGCGCGGCCCGGCGCCAUCCCCGGAGCCCGCGAGCACUUCGCAGUCUGGCCAGGGUCUCCGGCCCCGCGCCUGGGCUGCCGCGGUGCGCCAGUGUGCACGCCCUCACCCUGUCUGCACGGAGGCGCCUGCCGUGACCUGUUUGACACCUUCGCCUGCGCCUGCGGCCCCGCCUGGGAGGGACCGCGCUGUGAGGCCCGCGCAGACCCGUGUCGCUCGUCGCCCUGUGGCCGCGGCCGCUGCCAUGCGCGCCCCGACGGCCUCUUCGAGUGCCGCUGUCCGCCGGGCUUCUCGGGCCCACGCUGCAGGUUGCCUGUCCUGCCUGAGGAAUGCGGCCUCAACUCUACAUGCCUCAGUGGCAGCCCUUGUGAAAGUGGAACCCCGGGUACCAACUGCAGCUGUCAGGAUGGCCUUGCUGGCCCCAGGUGUCAGAGCCCUAUCCUGCCCUGUGAAGCCAACCCCUGCUUGAAUGGGGGCACUUGCCUUCUGGCAGCCAGUGGCACAUUCGUAUGUGCUUGCAGUACAGGAUUCUCUGGCCAGUUGUGUGAAGUGGUGAAAGGCCUGCCCCUGCCAUUGCCAUUCCCACUGCUGGAGGUGGCUAUACCUGCAGCCUGUGCCUGCCUCCUCCUCCUUCUCCUGGGCCUCCUCUCAGGGAUCCUUGCUGCCAGAAAACGCCGCCAGUCUGAGGGCACUUAUAGUCCAAGUCAGCAGGAGGUUGCUGGGGCCCGGCUGGAGAUGGACAGUGUCCUCAAGGUGCCACCGGAGGAGAGACUUAUCUAGGCUGCCUGGCUGCUGGUGCCAUGUCCCCAGGGUCCUAAAGGACCUCUACAUAAGACCCAAGGAGACCAUUUCCAGAGUUGGGAUGUCCACUGGAUAUGCCCCCAUGACUGGCAGCCCUUGCCUCACUCACCAUGGACUCAGGAAAAGAGGGGCAACUCAGGGAAGCAGAGGGUGCUGUGAGGUUAUAGAACCUUUGUGACCUGCCGGGCUGUAUACAGGAGGCACACGUGACAGAUGUGUGUGAGUGCGUGCAUGUAUGUAUAUGUGUUGUGUGAGAGAGAGACGGACACAGAGAGACAGAGACAGAGACAAAGAAUGUGCAUGGAGAGUGUUGGUCUGUAAAUUCUAGUGACAGGACUUGUAGGUGUGCCUGUCUCUUUUGCUAUGUGUCUCCAUGACUAUAGGAGGGGUAGAUGAUCCUACAGGGGAAGGACUGCUCCACGGCUGGAGAGAACCUGAACACCUUUGAGAUAGGGCAUCCCAAGUCCAGAGAACAGGCCAGAGCUUGCCCAAGCGGCUAGAUUUUGGUUCUGGCAUUUGUCCCACCUCCAAGGACAGUUCCCGAUCCUGGAAACAGCUGGGACAGAGGGGAGAAGGGCUCUUGGCUCCCAGAACAAAAACCCUUUUGGGCAGAUCUGACUGCACAGUCAGAUAUGACUGGGCCAGUCCCCCUGCAUCUGCAGGGCAAGCCUGCAGGAACCAAGGAAUGGCUCCCUGGGCUCUCAUGUUGCUGUGGGUGUUUGCAGGAAUACAGCAGCCCUUCUGCCUCCCUCACAGGGCUCUUCUGAGGAUUCAAUGGACUGAAACAGGCAGAGAACUCCAGAAGCUGUUAAACUCUGGUCUGUCUGCCCUUUCAGGUGUUGGAUAGUGUCUCACCUGGCCAGAGCUGAAGGCCCAGGCAAGGAGGCCAGAGGGGCAGAAAGAUGGAGGUGCAAUCCUCCCCUCUUUACACCCCCUGAAAAUUCUCCAUCAUCUGGUUCUCCAGUGUUGGCUGCUGAUUCAGAGGAAGCACGCCAAGGAAGGUCCCAAUUGUUUGCUAAACACUCUUCAAUGGACAUCGGGCAGCCUCCAAAUUGGUGCUCAGGCUGCAGAGGCAGACUCCAGCCCUGUGGAUACUCAGCACACUGAUCUUGACCCCAGAGGGCAUCUGUCUGAGGACCUGGCCUCCCUUGGAGCUUUUCAGAGUCCCUGUGGUUGGUCAUCCUUGUUUCCCAGGCCAGGGCAGCAACUGGGGGUUCCAUGUGCCAAUGCCCAGGUCACUCUUCACACGUGGAAGCUGGAUGUUGAUUGUCUCUGGCUCCCACUGGGUUUCAUCACUUCUAGAAGGCAGAGACUUGGCACUGGGGGUUCAGCAGAGGCUUUGAUGGAAGACCCUGAACACUGAGCUAAGAGGCCUGCUUGGCCCUUAUCCAGUAGGAGGUGGUACCACAUUGCCCAGCUGUCUUGGUGACCCUUAGGAAAAGGAGAUGAAACCAGUUCCCUGGCAAACUGUUCUAGUUGCCAACUCCUAAGGUGUUUUCUGUGGAACUCCAACAAGACAUUCCAAUUUCUCUUUGGUAACAGCAGUGUGGCUGACUGGCACAGAUCUCCUCUCCAAACCCACUUGGGCUGAAGCUCUGCCCUUGCUGAGCUCUGGGGGUAGAGGUGACGUCCCAGAUGCUCCCUGGAACUUUUUCUCUCCUGAAGCCUUGCUCUAUGGUCCCAGCAGGGCUGUGUGAGCCUGUUAUCAGCUCACCCCAGUGCCCUCCUUGGGAAGGAGGAGGCAAGCUGUCUCAGAGUUCCAAGUGGGCACAGGCUGGGAGUGUGGAGAUCUGGUGUUUACCAUCUGGCCUCUUCUGCAGGACGGUAGUGAAGAUGGCAGAGUACCUACUCAGGCUUCCCCCUGCAGAGCUCCUUGAAGGAUUCAGGACCACAGCCUUCUCCCCAAGAAGAUUUUAUCGAAUGCACAUACAAAGUUCAUCCUUGGGUCUGUAAAUUCCAUCCAACAAGGGAUCAGACUAUGGUGUACAGUGCCUGCCACAAGUCCCCCAGCAAGGCAGGUGUGCACUGCUUUCCAGGCUGCCUUGUACCUUGUCACCCCUCUGGCCCACUGGGGGUGGUGAUGUGUGUGGUUCCAAGUCCUGGGUGGGGUCUGGAGUUUGCUAGGAUGGAGGAAGUGGAACUGGAGCCUGUGCUGAAAAUCAGAAUGCCCAGGAGGGCCUUGUGACUCAGGUGAGAUUCAGCUCCCCAGCAUCUGAGGACAACUCCAAGAUAGAGCCCUGGGGAGGGCUAUAUGCCAGGGGCUCAGGCCUCAGGGACCCAUAAGCAGCAGUAAGUUUCCAGCCUCUCAGACAUGGGGGGGGGCUCCCUGGGGUGAUAGGGGCCUC